AUGAAACCAUUCUUACCUCUAAAUGUUAAUCAAAGCAUUCCAACUGAUAAAAUAGAUUCCUAUAUCUCUUAUAUGGUAUUUAAUGUCAUAAUAAUAUAGUCUUAAGUGUAUAGUGUUUAAUAAUUUAUGUUAAUUCAAGCUCAAAAUUAGAUCAUGUAGGCACAAUUAUUGAAAUUAUAAAGUGGCACUUAAAACUAGAAUGCCAUUUUACAAUAAAAAAUAAGAUAAUUGUUAGAACAGAUUUUAUAAAAAGGAAUAUAGAUUUCUAUAAAAGACUCUAUUCCAUCAUCUAAAAUGCCUAUUUUGGCUAAAUAUAUAGCUAACAUAUUUAUAUAUCUAAUGAAAUAAUGUUCUUCAGAUUAAGAUGAAAUCACAUUGAAUUAUAUAAAGGAUCCAAAUUCAAUUGUUAUAGAUUAAAAGCAAUGGGAUUUAAUAUGUGAAUUAAUCAGUAAAAAGUUAGUUUGUCUUGGAGCAAAUGAUAUAUGUUGUACAAAUGGUAUUGAUUAUAAUUUUUAUAUAGAUUCUUAAAUUGGAAUUAUUAGUCAAUCUUUAUUAUUUAGUAGUAUAAUAAGGAAAGUGAUAUUCAAGAAAUUACAUACUUAAAGUGAGAGUGGAAAUGCUCAAUAGAUAAGUUUUUAAACUUUAAAUGAUUUAUUGGGAUAAGAAAAUAGAUCAGAUGAAUUUUUAUACAAAUUUUUAUGUGAAGAAGACAAGAAUACAAUGACUAAAUAAUCUUGUUAGAUAUCUUUAGAAAAGAUGUUUUAAAAAAGUAAUUAAUACUUUCAUUAAUCAAAUCUAAUUGAGUAAAUAAUUGAGAAUUAAAAAUAAUUUAAUGUAAAUGGAAAUUUUGAGCAUCAUGCUGAAAAGGUAUAAUAAUUAAAUUAUUGUAUUUAGUACUUGAAUAUAAUUAAAAUAUACUAGAAUUGUGAUCAAAAGUAAGUGAUUGAGUAAUUAUUAAAUGGAUUAUUCUUGAAUUCUUAAUAAAUAGAUUGCAAAGAAUUUAUAUUCAAUUCUAAUAGAUUAGAUGAAAAACUUUAAAAAAUCUUAUUUAUGUUUGUGGAUUUAGUAAGAAUAGAAAAUUCAAUUAUCUAAAUAGUAUUGGAAAAUAAAAUGUAAAAUAAUUAUUAAUAUAUUAUAGAUCUGAAGAACCAUAAAAAAAUCCUUUGGAAUAUUAUGCUAGAUUGAUAGAAAAAAUAAAGAAUAAAUGUAGAAGUAAAGAAGAUGAAUUUUGUAAUUGUAAAAGAUGUUAAUGCAUAAAGAGAAAUAGAGAUAGUGCAAGAGAAGCAUAAAAAAGAAAGAGAGAAGCAUUAGAGAAGAUUGGACCACUUUAAUAAGAAUAUGAGAAAAUAAAUAAAAAAGUAAUACAUUAGAGAAUAUUUUAGGUUAAAUUAUUAGAGUUUGACAAUUCUAAAUUAAAGGCAGCUUUAUUUGAAGCUUUAAAAAACCCAGUAAUAGAAAAUAUUAUAAAAACACAAUAUUAAAGUGCUUUUUCUAAUUUAACAAAUAUGAUGUAAUAAGAAUCAUAAGAUAUGUACAAAGAGGAGGAUUAAUCAUAAUCCUGA